GUCCUGUCCUCCCACGGAGCAUCGGACCGGGGUGUCAGUACCACCGACCUGACGGGCUGCUGUUCUCUGAUUUGUCAUCCUUCCAGGGGUAUCCAAAGGCGUGUACUUGUUUCUGAGGGUCACAGCCACAGGGAGACAUUGCACUGUCUGUCUCUUCCCCUUUCCAGUCGUGGUCGUGACCAAACUAUUUGCAGCUUGACUUCAGGUUUGACCAACCCACUGAAUCUCUGGUCUCAGCAUCCUGCAAUCUCUAGGUCUGUCCAUCUCCAGCUCCAUUUCCUUCACACGGUCAGUCAGGGGCAUUACCUCUUUCAUAACUCUGGGGUGCAGUUCAUCUGGUCCGGGUGACCUCUGAACCCUCAGGUCUUUGAGCUUUUUGAGCACCUUUUCCCUUGUAAUAAUAACUGCACUCUCUUCUCUUCCCUCACACCCUUCAGCAUCUGGCACACUGCUAGUACCUUCCAGUGAUGCAAAAUACUCAUUGUGCCUGAGGGCGCUCGCACUGGUCGUGGGGCCGGUGGGAUAGAUGAGGUCCUCGGCGAUUUGCGGAAUGGAAAAGCACUUCCUAUAAUUUAAAGCAGGAGAAUCGGCAAAUUCCCAGAAAUCCUCCAGUAUGUACGUGGUGCGUGAGGGAGUUUUGUUUUCGCUGGAGCGCUUUGUGUCGGAUGAAUCGUUGGAAAUUGGCGGUUGUGGUAAAGUGAAGGCGGAGCUGGACGAUGAGAGGCCGCUCUCGGCUCUGUCCGUCACUCUGACUCUGUCUCCUCCCCUUCCCGCCUCUGUCCCUCUGCGCGUUUCUCGGGCAGGUCGGGGCGCUGUGUAUAAAAGGAGACAGCAGCAGGCAGUUUGUCAGUGAGCAGCGACCUGAGUGAAGCAGCAUCAUGUCUGGCAGAGGGAAAGGAGGCAAAGGACUGGGCAAAGGCGGAGCCAAGCGGCACCGUAAAGUGCUCCGUGAUAACAUCCAGGGCAUCACCAAACCGGCCAUCCGCCGUCUGGUUCGCCGUGGCGGCGUCAAGCGGAUCUCGGGUCUGAUCUACGAGGAGACCCGCGGGGUGCUGAAGGUUUUCCUGGAGAAUGUGAUCCGGGAUGCGGUCACCUACACUGAACACGCCAAGCGCAAGACGGUCACUGCCAUGGAUGUGGUGUACGCUCUGAAACGCCAGGGCCGCACUCUCUAUGGCUUCGGCGGCUGAAAAACUCCCACCUCCUCCCGAGCG